AGAUCAACGCGUGCCUUCUUCCCUCUAUCGAAAACGUUUCCCCUUUCUCCUGCAAUUCAGCACACAAACUUCUCACAUUCACCUGACGCAGCCUCGCACCGCAGAUGACCGCCGCUGCGAACUACCCGAGUGACUACAGGCAGUGGCUCGCCAAGCUCAUCAGCUUCGACACCGUCAGCCGCAACUCCAACCUCCCCCUCGUCGACUACGUCAAGGCGUACCUCAAGACCGUCGGCGUGGAGUCCACGCUGGUGUACAACCCGGCGAGGACGCACGCGAACCUGUGGGCGACGCUGCCCGGCGAGGGCGGGGUCACGCAGGGCGGCAUCGUGCUGUCGGGCCACACGGACGUGGUGCCGGUGGACGGCCAGAAGUGGGACACCGACCCCUUCACGAUGGUGGAGAAGGAUGGCAAGCUGUUUGGCCGCGGUGCGUGCGACAUGAAAGGCUUUCUGGCGGUGGUGCUGGCGCUGGUGCCGCAGCUCCUGUCAAUGAAGCGCGCGAAGCCGGUUCACAUUGCCUUCUCGUUUGACGAAGAAGUUGGCUGCCGCGGUGUUCCCUACCUGAUCGACUAUCUGAAGGCGAAGGGCUUCAAGGCGGAUGGUUGCCUCAUUGGUGAGCCCACAGGAAUGAAAGUGGAGACAGGUAACAAGGGUCGCACCGCGUGGGAGGUGAAGGUGCACGGCAAGGCGAUCCACUCCUCCAUGGCACUGAUGAACACGAGCUGCAACGCCAUCGAGUACGCCGCGCAGAUCAUCACGAAGAUCCGCGAGAUCGCACUCGAUAUCAGGAAGAACGGGAGGCACGAUCCGCUUUACACUUGCCCCUUUGCCUCUAUCUCGACCGGUGUCAUCAAAGGCGGCAACGCAGUGAAUACGGUGCCGGCCGAGUGCGACUUCAUGUACAGUGUACGUCUGACCGAGUCCCAGGUCGCACGCGACAUUGAGCAGCGUGUGUUGCGCUACGUGAAGGAGUCCGUCGUCCCUCUCAUGAAGGAGGAGUACCCUGAUGCCACGGUGAAGAUCACGCAGGGCGUGUCCUACCCGGCUUUCAACGCAUCGGAGGAGGCGGAAGCGACGAAGCAGGCGCGCCGACUCUGCAAGGACCACGACGUGCACCGCUCUGGUGGUGGAACCGAGGCCGGGUUUUUUCAGGAUAUUCUUGGGAUUCCGACGGUGAUUGUGGGUCCCGGCCCGGGUUCGAUGGCGCACCUGCCGAACGAGUACGUGCUGGUGGACCAGAUGGAGAGGAGUAUGCAAUUCACGACGGACUUUGUGAAGCUCUACACCGACCCCAGCUACUGCCAGAAGGGCAAGUUUUGA